UGCGCCUCUUCACUCCUGAGCCGUUUUCUUGUCUUCCUUCAGCAUCUUCACUGGUUGAUGCACAGUUUUAGUCUGUGCAACCGAGAAAAGGAAACCUCAGUCUACGAGUUUGUGAAUAAUUCUGGACGUUUUUGGGCAACGUUUCUAAAGCAAAGACAGUUAAGACAGACGAAGACUGACAAAAAUGCUUUAUUGUUCUCCCCAAAUAGUUCAGUCCUUGCUCUUUGGAUGCCUGACUUUUCUUGUUGUGACCUCUGUUGUGAACGCAGAAGGUCGAGUGUUCGUAUUAGACCCGAGGAGUUUAUUGGGCUUCAGGGAAGCAGAGCAGGCGUGUGCUUCUCAACAUGCCCGCUUGGCGUCAGCUGAAGAGCUCCGUCAAGCCGUGGUGGACUGCGUCUUCUCUUACUGCACCCGCGGGUGGCUCUAUGGAGGCAUGGUCGGGACCACAGUUUGCAACAUUGAGGGGAGCUCAUUGAAAGCAGUUAACGUGAAGACAGAGAAUGCUACAGAGGACACUGCACACCUGAGUGCCUUCUGUAUGAAAGACAAAGCUGUAGCUUGUGGGGAUCCUCCAUCCUUCCCCCAUGCCCGUCUGCAGCAUCACUCAGGGUUUGAGAUAGGAGAUGAGCUGCUGUACACGUGCUCGCCCGGUUACAUGAUGCCCAGCAGUCAUACCACCUUCAGCCUGCUGUGUGACAGCUGCGGGGAGUGGUAUGGGACGGUGGAGAUUUGUGUUAAAGAUGCAGCUGAAGCCCAUGUAGAUUAUGAAGACAAGUUUCAAGAUUCCUAUGAAGAGGCAAAUCAUGAUCAUGACAGUCAAGAAGAGGCGUUAGGAGAUACAUCUCUAGAUGGGAAGAGGAUUCUGCAGCAGCAAAAGACAAGGUUUUGGGUAAAUGUAGAGGAGGAUCACCAUGAAGUGCACAACAUUGGACAAAAUGUGAUCAAUAACAGUAGAACCUUUGAAGGAGCUGUGGACGAAGUAGCAAAGAGAGAAGAAGACGCUUUCACGGUCCAUCCUAGGUUUAAGCAGGACAUGACCAAGUUUGUCCAGGGUGGUGCAGCUGCAGCCACUGAAGAGCCUGUAUCUCUUCUCUCCCAAAAACACAUGUUCUGGUUCCCCUCUGAGGCCUUCCAGGAGGAGGUACCUUCCUUUACCAGCGACUUAGUCACACAGGCAACACCGAGAGCUUCUGGUGCCCAGUCUGAGGAGAGCAAAGAAAACCAGAGCCAAGAACGGCUUGAAAGCACCAACCCCAUUGAUGAUGAUGAUCAUGACGAUCAUCAUCAUGAUCAUGAUGAUGAGCUAGACAGAAGUGAUGAUCAUGAUGAUGAACAGGAUAUAUAUGAGACUCCUGGUGAUGACAGAGAUGAUAAUGAUCAUGAGGACAGUCGCCACGAUUACCUGGACAUCCAUGAAGACGACCAUACUGACGAUCGUGAUGAUCCUGACAGUCACCAGGAAGAAGAUGCUGAUGACCAUGUGAAUCAACCAGCCCAGUACGAUGACUUGGACAGACCUGAUCGACACAAACAUGAUGAUGAUCAUGAUGACCAUUAUGAUAUGGGCGAGCAUGAAGAUGACCGUGAUCGUACUCAUCAUGGCACCCAGGAAUAUGAUGAUCGAGAUGAUGCAUAUGAUGAUCACCAAAGUAAGGAGGACCAUGAUGGUGAUCACAGAGACAAUAAUGGAGAACAUCCUGAUAAUUCAGAGGAACAUUCAGAAAGUGACGACCAUGAUGAUGGAAAAGAACAUUAUGAACUUGAUGAACAUGAUAUUCACGACAAUCGUGAAGACAAACAUCAGGAUGAUCAUGAUAGUCACGAAGAUGAUGAUGAUCAUCCACACGUUAUCAUUUCUGUAGCAACCAAACGACGCCCAAACAUCACCCAGGGGGAAGCAGGAAGUGAGACCUCCAAAGAUAAUUCCUGGCUGGAUGGAUAUCCAGUCGAUCUGCUUGAUACAGAAAAUGGUAAUUCCACAAAGAGGAAGAUGAAACCCAAUGAGGUAAAGACAACAAAUAAACCCAAUGACGUGGAAGUACGUAAACGGGAUCCUCACAUCAGUUUGUCAGAUGAAGAUAUAUCCCCGACUAUGGCACCUAAAUCAGACCAAGGAGGGGAGAAGAAGGGCUGGCCUGGUUUCAGGACACCAACUACUUCAUCUGACCAUUCAGAGCUUUCAAACUCCCCCCCACACUCCGACACCCUGGAUUACGACACACAACAAGUUUCUCCCACCCACUCAUGGCUAGACGAUCUCACCGAUCACCCCUUCCUCGAUCACGGCCCUGCCCCCCCGGUGCACGACGGUGACACCUUCCUUGGAGUGAUGGAGGAACACGCUCUGGACAGCCUACCAGGUGAGAUGGGUGAGAUGGAAGGAGAGAAGAGGAAUACAAUCUGUGUGGGUAAGGACUGUCCUCCUCACCCUCCAAGCUCAAGCAGUCAAGGGGCGAAGGUAGCAGCCAUCAUUGUGGCGGUGUGUGCUGUGGCCACGGCAGUCAUCAUCGGGGUGUGGUGUUACCAACGGAAACAGCAGAAGAGCUCAAUGUACGAGAUGAAUGGGAAAGGUCAAGGCCAGAGUAGGCAGGGCCAACAGAUAGAGAUGGAGCAGAAAGUGUAGGAAUGGAGAAUGAGGACAUUGAUGAAGAGGAGAGACAUUUAGGACGUAUGGAAGAAUUAAGAUAAACAGGAGGAAAAUCAUAUUAAGACAAUACUGCAGAUGUGAACACUUUAGGUUUGAAAACUAUCUGCAUUUCUGCUUCAAUAAAAAAAGCCUUGCUGAGUUAGCUAAAAAUAUUCUGAUAGAGUAAGACUUGAUGACGCAACAGUUCCCUCACCCAUCAGUCAUAAGGAAAUCCAUCUCUUCCUGUUAUACCCUUCCAUUACUUUGAAACUUCUACACCUAACUGGACGCAAACGGGCUGUGCCUGAAGCCGAGAAACUAAAAAAUUAUAUAUGACUAUAAGGAAACCAUUGCACAAGGCACAGCCUCCCUGAUUAUGUAAACUGAGAUUUACAACUUUACAGGUUCUGAACAUUUUAGUUAAGCUUGUUUGUAUUACUUUGGAUUUCUGCUGAUUUUUGAACUGUUUUGAGUACCUUGAUGCUUCUUUCUGUAAAUCUGGAACGUCAAACUCAUCCUUGGAAUCCGUUGUCAUAAAGGCUUUAGAUGUGUUGCAUCUUCAGCACGCCUGAUUUUCAUGGUCGCUAUUUUUUGUGUCUGCACAACUUGGUAACAUGCUUCAACCAUUUAAAUCAGGUCUGUUGGGACACUCUUGUUUUUGACUGAUCCAUCUCCAUCUUACUAUCUUAUUAUUAUGUCUGUAAAACCAGAGUGCUAAGACUCUCAAAGGGAAUUUGGCUAUGGUCACAAAGGAGUUUCCUGGUGCUCCUUUGAGAUUAACUAACAGGAAAAACUUUAGAACAUAGCGAUGGUUAGCCUCCAUCUCCAGUCCUCAAAACCCAGUUGCUAAAUGAGUACAGCUGUAUUUGUCUGUGUACUGUAUACGUGGUAUUUAGUUGCCCUUCUCCCUAUACUGCGUCUUUAAACAUCUUUUAAAGAUAGAAGCUAUACUUAUAAGUGUUAAAAAUGUAAAUAGAUUUAAAUACCUAUAGGAGUUUAUAUACAAAUAUAUCUGUUUUUUCUAGUUUGGUACGCAUGUAACAUUUGAAAUAGAUGUAUUUUAUAGCCAAUUAGUGUAAAUGUUGUUAAAGAGGUAAGACGCUGGCAUUCCUGUCAGUAAUCGGUUCUUUUAAUAUAUUUGCAAUUCUCAUUAGCUCCAUAAAAAUUUAAUUUAAACCGCUGUUAUUUGAGAUGUGGGAGUGAAGGAUGGGAUUAGAUGGAUCUGGCAGCUGUUUGUCAGUCAGAUUUACUUCCUAAGCCUUAAAAUAACGGUGUAGUCCUCUUCUUUUCCUGGCAUGUGAAACUGAACUGAAUGCAAAGUGGUGAUAGUAAAGGUAAUAAAUCGUAUUUCUGUUGAUGUGAUUCUAUCAUUAUAUUAACCUUCUGCACAUUUAUGGCAAAAAUAUUUUACUUAUAAAAUGUCUUCUUUCCUGAGUAGACCAGGAAAAAAGAAAUGAUUUGCACAUCAGUGUUGGCAAAAGAUUACAAUUCUAUUCAUGAUUAACAAAAGUAAAAGCAAACCAUGAUAAAAUUAUUAGGAAUAUGACAUUUCAGGUCAUCUUCAUUUAAAAUUCGUUGUGAAGACAAAAUGUGUCCUGUACAUUUUUUUUCUUAGUCUUAAUAAACAUAUCAAAAUGUG